AUGGCAACGAUAAGCAACGACGGAGAAGACGUAGCACGGCGUCGUAAUGCGGAGGCAGAGUAUCGCAAGAAGUUGCUCCACCACAAAGAGCUCGAAUCCAGAGUUCGAUCUGCGAAGGAGAAUUUGAAAGCUGCAAAAAAAGAAUUUAACAAAACAGAAGAUGAUUUGAAGUCUCUUCAAAGUGUUGGGCAAAUUAUAGGAGAAGUUCUCCGACCUCUUGAUAACGAACGCUUGAUUGUCAAAGCUAGCAGCGGGCCUAGAUAUGUGGUAGGCUGCCGUAGUAAAGUGGAUAAGGAAAAACUGACUUCAGGAACUAGAGUGGUUCUUGAUAUGACAACACUUACUAUUAUGCGUGCUCUUCCUCGCGAAGUAGAUCCAGUUGUUUAUAACAUGCUGCACGAAGAUCCUGGUAAUGUGAGUUACUCAGCUGUAGGUGGUUUAUCCGAUCAGAUCAGAGAAUUGAGGGAAUCUAUUGAGCUACCUUUGAUGAACCCUGAGCUUUUCCUUAGAGUAGGGAUUAAACCUCCAAAGGGUGUCCUUCUUUAUGGACCUCCCGGUACUGGGAAGACAUUAUUGGCUAGGGCUAUUGCGAGCAACAUAGAUGCCAACUUUUUAAAGGUUGUUUCGAGUGCCAUUAUCGACAAAUACAUAGGGGAAAGUGCUAGGUUGAUACGAGAAAUGUUUGGAUAUGCACGUGAUCAUCAACCCUGCAUCAUUUUCAUGGAUGAGAUCGAUGCAAUUGGUGGACGCCGUUUUAGUGAGGGAACAAGUGCUGAUCGUGAAAUUCAAAGAACAUUGAUGGAGUUGCUUAAUCAACUUGAUGGAUUUGAUCAGCUUGGGAAGGUUAAGAUGAUAAUGGCGACAAACCGCCCUGAUGUUCUUGACCCUGCGCUUCUUCGUCCAGGAAGAUUGGACAGAAAGAUAGAGAUUCCAUUGCCAAAUGAGCUGUCAAGAAUGGAAAUCCUUAAGAUUCAUGCUGCUGGCAUUGCCAAGCACGGGGAUAUUGAUUAUGAGGCUGUUGUGAAACUUGCAGAGGGUUUUAAUGGGGCUGAUCUUCGUAAUGUUUGCACUGAAGCUGGAAUGUCAGCAAUCCGUGCAGAACGUGAUUAUGUCAUCCAUGAAGAUUUUAUGAAGGCUGUGCGAAAGCUUAAUGAAGCAAAGAAACUUGAGUCCAGCUCACACUAUAAUGCUGAUUUUGGCAAAGACUGA